UCUGGCAUGCAUUCGCAAAGUCUGAUUAGGGGAACACGACUGUAUGAGGCGCAUUCCUCUUGCCUAGGUUUUGCUGACGCAUUCCAGAUAUUACAACAACGCCUGGAUAUGUAUUUUACGUAAUUCCGGAAGCAUUUCUCAGGUCUGUGUAGCAGUGGGGACGUAUUUAGUUGUUACACCAUGGAGUCCUGCUCUGAAAACGUGAAAGCUGUCAGGAGAAGUAAAGAGGAGAAGAAACUUCUCCGAAAGCAAAUCAAAGCCAGUCAUACUUUACUGAAACAUGAGGGUAUAAGCACAGUAUCACAGCCCACCAAGAGCCUGGUGGUGGCUAAUGGUGGGCUAGGGAACGGUGUGAGCCGUGAGCAGCUCCAGGACGUGCUGGGAGAGGUCGGCGAGGUGGAAAUCCUGGUUAUGCCCCCACACAAACCCUACGCCCUAGUGACCUACAGGUCAGAGAUCAGCGCCCAGAGAGGACACGCCCUCAACGGACGACAGCUGCAGUGUGGGGACCAGAUUGUCACACUGUACCUGAGCUAUGUCAACACAGUGGACAGUGAGUUGUGGGGGUGUGUGGACCUCCCCCCAGGGUUGGUGCUGGUUGAGGAGUUUGUGUCUCCAGAGGAAGAGGCUCUCCUGCUGGAUGCUAUAGACUGGACGUCCCACGAUGAGGAUGUCACUGUGCAGAAAGUCCUGAAGCACAGGAGAGUGAAGCAUUUUGGUUACGAGUUUCGCUAUGACAACAACAACGUGGACAAAGACAAACCGUUACCUGGAGGUCUUCCCCAGGUGUGUGUCCCUGUGCUGGAGAGGUGUGUGAGGGACAGACACACAGAAGUCAUGCCAGACCAGCUGACUGUGAACCAGUACCAGUCUGGACAAGGUAUUCCUCCUCAUGUGGACACUCACUCUGCCUUUGAAGACCUCAUCCUCUCCCUAAGCCUGGGGGCUAAGACGGUGAUGGAUUUUCGUCAUCCUGAAGGCCGCUCGGUUGCCGUAGUGUUGCCACGGCGCAGUCUCCUGGUGAUGAAGGGAGAGAGCAGAUACCUAUGGACACACGGGAUAACCCCCAGGAAGUUUGAUGUGGUGCCAGCCUGUGACCCAAAAUCCCCUGCUGCAGUGACCUCUGACCUCAGUAACCAUAGUAACCUCACCCUAAGUAGGAGGGGCACCAGGACCUCUCUCACCUUCCGCAAGGUGCGCCGCACACCAUGUGACUGUGGUCACCCCUCGGCCUGUGACAGCCAGCAGCCUCCUGCCCCUCCCUCGCCCCCCUUCCUCCCUCGCAGCCAGACUGACGCCUGCCGUCUGGAGGCGGAGUUUGUGCACCACGUGUACGAGGAGAUCGCUUGUCACUUCAGCAGCACUCGACACUCUCCCUGGCCACGCGUGUGUCACUUCCUGUCUUCCCUAGAACCAGGAAGCAUUCUCGCUGAUGUGGGCUGUGGGAAUGGAAAGUACCUGGGCGUCAACCCGGAUGUGAUUGCGGUGGGCUGUGACCGUAGCAGUGCUCUGGUCCAGAUCUGCUCUGAAAGAGGCUUCCGGGUCUUUGUGUCAGAUGCCCUCAAUGUACCUCUACGCAGUGACACCUGUGAUGCCUGCAUCUCCAUUGCGGUCAUACACCACCUCUCCACACAGAAGCGGAGGCAGGCUGUGGUUGAGGAACUUGUUCGCCUGCUGAGGCCUGGAGGACAGGCGCUGAUCUAUGUGUGGGCUGUGGAACAGGAAUAUAACAAGCAGAAGUCCAAAUAUCUCAAAGAGACCAGACAACAGGGUCCUACAGGCGACUCCACGGACCACAACAACCAGGAGUCAAAGAGUUUUACAGGCAAUACCACAGACGCCCACAACACAGCACAGGAUUUUUCAGGCAUAGCCACGGACUGCACCAAGGUCCACCGUGAGACAGAGAGUCCAGCAAAACUGAGCGUUCACACCAACCGCACUGCCUUCAACUCCCAGGACCUCUUGGUGCCCUGGCACCUCAAGGGUGGAGGGAGAGGAGGGUGUAACCAGGGGAGAGGAGGGGAUGAGCAGGGGGAACAAGGCUCCAAAAAUACUUUAGACCCCGCCACUGAAGCCCAGGCCCCUGCUCCCAGCCCAGUGUUUCACCGCUACUACCAUGUGUUCCAGAAGGGGGAGCUAGAGGAGCUGUGUGUCAGGGUUAGAGGGGUGGCCAUACAGAGAAGCUACCACGACCAGGGGAACUGGUGUGUCAUACUGAAGAAGACUGGAGACCGAUAAACCACACUUUCACAUUUAGGUAAAUGUGCUCCUGAACUGAUAAACAUUGAAUUUGGAAAUAAAUGAGCUUUUCGCCUCAUCAGAUAAAGAUGAGACAAUUAUACAAACCAAUUAACUGUUUUAUCUCUGAUUUAUUGUAAAUAAUAAAGAUUGAAAAACAAAAUGUCCUUCAAAUUA